AUGGGCGCGUUCCAGAACUGCGAGGCCUGCACGACUGCCGAGCCGACGACCGAGGCCCCGGCCGUGACGCCUUCGACGCCCAAGCCGUCGCCGACCGACGAGGUGCCGCCGGUCACGGUAGCGCCGCCCGCCGAGCUGGCCGAGGCCAUCGUCGGCGCCAUCGCGGCGACAGUGGCCGUCGAGACCGUGGCGCACGUGCAGCAGCAGGCCAUCCAGGCGCCAGUCGCAACUGCAGCGGUUGCCGAAGCGGUCGAAAUGAUCAAGGAUGCGCUCGUGUCGGAGGUCGUGCCCAUGACCAACAAGAAGCUCUUCACGCUGACUUCGGUCAUGUACGAAGCCGACGAUCCGUUUGGGAGUCUCGCCGCACUCGUGACGCUAUCGCCCGUGUUCAUCAUGGUCAUGUAUGCCACGCUCAUCGUGUUCCAGCGCGACUUGCACGUGAUCUGCAUGCUUCUGGGCCAAAUGGUCAAUGAGGUUGUCAACCAAAUUCUCAAGCGCACGAUCGACCAAAAGCGUCCUGAUGGUGCCGAAAUGCACGACGCUGGCAUGCCCUCGGCGCAUGCCCAGUUCAUGGCCUUCUUUGCGACCUACGUCGUGCUGUACACGUCCAACCGCAUGAGCAAGCGAAGAGAGUGGGAACACAAGGCAGCGAUGGUUGGCAUCGUCGCGCUGGCGUUCCUCUGCUGCAUCUCUCGAAUUCGACUCGGCUACCACAGCUACGCCCAGGUCGUCGUCGGCGUCGCCGUCGGUGCGGGUGUCGGUAUCCUCUGGUACAUUUGCAUGGAGCGCAUUCUGGAGCCCCUCUUUCCGACGAUUGCCGCCCACAAGUGGGCGCAAGAGCUCUUUGUGCGCGACUGCUCGCACAUUCCAGACAUGGUGCAGUUCCAGUACGACGCGAUCCAGAACAAGAAGACCCAGACAAAGUACUCGAUGUAG